GAUUCCCCGCCGGUUCUUCAGCGCAUCAAUGGCGGCACUCGUGUUGCCGCCCUCGCCGUUGCCGGCGAGCUCCUUCGCCCGCGCUAGAUUCACUGCUCCUCUUUGUCGUGCCGCCGUCCCCCUCCCUCCCCGAAGGAGUUCCCUUAGCACGCGCCUUCAAUCGAGUAUUGCGAAUGGUGAUCUUAGCACUGGCUCGGAGGAGCAGUCUGAGAUCAUUUUUGUGGGUACUGGAACAAGUGAAGGAAUUCCUCGAGUGAGCUGCCUCACUGACCCUUCUAAAGCAUGUGAGGUUUGCUUGAAAGCUGCUCAGCCUGGCAACAAGAAUCGGAGGCGCAAUACGAGCAUCCUUGUUCGAUAUGUCAGUUCAUUGGGAAGAUUUAACAUU